UUCGAGAGAAGAUGCCAUGCUGCUUCAUUUCAAGCAUGUCUAGAACAAACAAAUCAUCUAUACGGCUGAGCGCGUCACAUGACAUUGUUCUUACGUCGUUUUCUUGGUGCAUCACAACUGGAUAUCGUUAACCACUACUAUUAAUCUAAACACAUCGGCAACAUCGAUUAGUUUAUUUAUUUGAAUCGAAAUUCCUGUCAAGAAAUUAGAUCUCUGUAUCCCAAAACACUUGCAGAACAAAUGGCAGAUGCUGUAGCUAUUCUCAAGCUUCGAAUCAUAAAGGGAACCAAUUUGGCUGUUCGUGAUUUGUGGACCAGUGAUCCUUAUGUUGUUGUCAGACUUGGCCACCAGAAAGUGAAGACCAGGGUUAUAAAAAAGAACCUGAAUCCUCUCUGGGAUGAGGAGUUGUCCCUGUUUGUACCACAAUCUCAACCCCGCGUUCUCAAACUGGAAGUGUUUGACAAGGACCGGUUGAGCAGAGACGACCAUAUGGGUAAUGGUGAAGUGGAUCUGAGGGAUCUUGAAAACGCUGCGGGAAUGCUAAAGACAAACCCAUCACAAUCUUUGGCAUUGAAGAAUAAGGAGGGUUCACCAUGUAUUAAGUGUGUGGAUGGACAUGUGGUGCAGGAAGUCUGUUUGAAGCUUCAUAAUGUGGAGUCCGGUCAACUGGAUCUGCACAUCAAAUGGGUUGAUCUCACUGAUAAAUCCCCAAUUUUGUCUUCCUAGGAAUCUAUACCUCUUUUUUAGCAGAUCAUGAAGAGAAAGAGAUCUAGGGUUAUUGCAUAAUAAAUGAAUCUCCUGUGUUUUUUGAAUACACAACAUCUGGGACAAUACGUCCAAAUCUCCAAACAGUGUUAGAUGAAUGGUUUGACAAUCAAUUCUAAUGGGCAUCUUUAGAGGAAAAAUGCUGUCUGUGAUAGAUACCUAAUCCCCUGUUUUAAAUAAGGAAAGGAGUUAAAUCGCUGAUACGGAUGGUUCUACUUUUGAGAAUUAGAAUAGCAUCAUGGAGGUUGAGUUUCCACAUUUUACUGUAACUACUACCUGUAGACAUGUACAACUGAGUAGACAUGUACAACUGGAUCUGGAAAAGUGGUGGGGUCAUGAACGAGAAAGAAGGUAAAAAACAAAAGUGAAACAAUCCCAUGUGGAAGAAAAUUAUGAGAAAGUACCCCCACCUUUGUCCAAACAAUGUACACAUGAAGUCCACAUCUACUCAGGAAUUAGUCAUGUCUCCUGCAUAAGUUCUAUCCAACCUUCGCAAUUACCCAUUUCAUGUACACAGUUUUUUUUUUCAUUGAAUAGAAGCUGAAAAUUGUAAGGUGGGGAAGAAGGCAGUCACAUGAGAUUUUUAAUUAAACUUAAUAAUUGGGGUUUUCAUGUGUACAA